AUGUGUAUUCUGCUAGCUUCUUCAGCUCAUCCUAAAUACUCCCUCAUACUUAUUUCUAACAGAGAUGAGUUUUUUGAGCGAAAGACCCAGCACACCUGUUUACAAAAAGAUCAGUCCAUACUGUGCCCCUUAGACAUGGCAGUCGGUAACGAUGGGAUUCCCAAGCGCGGAACUUGGUGCGGAAUAAACAAGAAUGGUAAAAUAGCCUUUGUUCUAAACUUGCGGCAUAACAGACCACAAGAAGCCAAUCUUUGCAAUCCGGGGUUUUCGCGAGGAAGUGUGCCUACACGAUUCCUUGCCGACCCUGGUCCUUUCAGUGAAUGGUGUACUUUCGAUAAGUUUGCUUCAAAGUACCCUCCUAUUAGGAAUGGUAACCUCAAUUUAUUUAUCGGAGAUUGUAAAACCCAACAGUUUACUGCCAUGGACUCAUUUGGCCUAAGCCGCCCCGUUCUAGCACCCGAGGAUCCCAACCUGGUCAUUUCUAAUGAUUUUAUCGACUCCACCACUAAGUGGCCCAAGAUUGAAGUUGCUGAGAAGCUUUUGCACAACCUUAUUCACGAAUAUCAAGAUGCGGCCGAAGAUGAACUUGUCACCAAAUGUCUUGAGCUUGCGUCGCAUUGCCAGUGUGAAUCGCCGAAGGUUUUCGAAAGUGACCAGCUAACGAACAGUAAUAUCUUUGUCGCACCUGUAGAAAUUCCUUGUGGCGCAAAGAUCGGGGCUACACUUCCUUGCGGCACAUAUUAUGGUACUCGGUCGCAGAUUGUAGUCUUGGUCGCAAGAAAAGAGCCCAUUGUGACGUUUGUUGAACAAGUUCUUCAUGACGCGGACGAAGAUGCAACCAAGUAUUCUCCUAGUAAUCCGAAAGAGAGAAUUAACUUCAAGCUGACAUUGGAUUCGCCUUUUUAG